AUGGAUAUGAUCAGAGAAAUUUCUGUUUCAUGCUGCAUUCCUCUUUUAUUGUUAGCAGUGAAAAGGUCACUCUGUGUUCUUUCUGCUCUUGUUCUGAUCCUGAUCCAACCAGUCUUUGCGCCAGCAGCUUUUGCAUCCUUUCAAAAUGCAGCAGCUAAAACUGGAGGUCCUGCAGCUGCUGUAGUUGGGCGACGACUGAUCCAGAGUGAACUAUUAAGUAGUGCUUGGACAGGGAUCUUUGCUGGUUGCUUACAUACACUAUCAGGACCAGACCACCUUGCUGCUCUUGCACCACUUUCAAUUGGCUGUAAUCGCAUGGAAAGUGCUGCAGUUGGGGCACUUUGGGGGUGUGGCCAUGAUGCAGGUCAGGUCAUUUUUGGCUUACUAUUUCUACUUUUACAAGAUAAGCUACACAUUGAAAUUCUCAGAACUUGGGGCACAAUAGUAGUAGGUAUGACUUUAUUUAUAAUAGGUGUUAUGGGUAUUAGGGAAGUUUCAGAAGUCCGUACACCAUGUGUGGCUCUAGAAAAUGGUGAGUGUGAUGUCGGCAUCUAUGAAACACUAGAGAAACCAAUGGUUGUGGGAAAGAAAAAGAAGAAAAAGAUUGGUUUUGCUACUUUUGCCACUGGAGUUGUCCAUGGUCUGCAACCUGAUGCACUUAUGAUAGUCUUGCCUGCCCUUGCCUUGCCUUCCCGUGUAGCCGGCGCUGCCUUUCUUCUUAUGUUUUUAGUUGGAACAGUUCUUUCAAUGGGAAGCUAUACUGCUUUCAUAGGCUCGUUUAGCGAGGCGUUGAAGGACAGAGUGCCUAGAAUAACUGAAAGACUGACCUGGGCUGCUUCUUUUGUAGCCAUUGCUCUUGGUCUUGCCAUUAUCAUCACCCAGUUUCUUGGUUUUAGCCUCUACUGAUCGGCUUUACCCACCACCACACGCUAUUAUCCUUUCCCCUAGUCCCUUUCAGCGCCAGAUAUAAAGUUAUUAGUAUUGAGGAGUAGCAAAAAUUCUCUCUCAAGAUUUAUCUUUACUGCCCCCUUUGGAUCUUGUUUGUAGUACGGAUCUCAAAUUGUUUAAAAAAGGUUGCCAUGAUCUUCUUCCUGUGGCCAUAAUCCAAAUCCAAACCCAAAUCCCCCAUUCAAGAACAGUUCAAGAUUAACAUAGUUCUGUGCAAAAUGGCUAAAAGACUUGAUUGAAAUCUGUGAGAUGGGUUCAUUUUUUGUUAGAUCUUCUGCCUGUGGCCAUAAUCCAAAUCCAAACCCAAAUCCCCCAUUCAAGAACAGUUAAAGAUUGACAUGGUUCUACGCAAAAUGUCUAAAAAGACUUGAUUGAAAUCUGUGAGAUGGGUUCAUUUUUUGUUAGAUCUUCUGCCUGUGGCCAUAAUCCAAAUCCAAAUCCCCCAUUCAAGAACAGUUAAAGAUUGACAUUAGUUCUGUGCAAAAUGGCUAAUAGACUUGAUUGAAAUCUGUGAGAUGGGUUCAUUUUUGUUAGAUCUUCUGCCUGUGGCCAUAAUCCAAAGCCAAAUCCAAAUCCCCCAUUCAAGAACAGUUAAAGAUUGACAUGGUUCUGUGCAAAAUGGCUAAAGACUUGAUUGAAAUCUAUGAGAUGGGGUUUUUUUUUUUUUUUUUUUUUUUUUUUUUUUUUUUUUUUUUUUUGUUAGAUUGAGAAAGUAGCACUAUUUUCUGUAUAGGUUCAUGUAAUGGACAGGUGUACUUUGUAUUCUUUUUCAAAAAAUGUUUUUCAAACUACUACUACCAUUCUUCUUCCCCAAGCCUCUCAUUGUUUAUUUCUUUUUUUUGAAAUGAUGAGUGAUCUGAUCUUAUCUUGAACAAUGUGUUUAUGUAUUCGUGAUGUGAUGUGACUUAGAUUGACUAAUGAAAGUAGUUUGGACUGGGGAAAGACGACUUUGAAUUUUCCCAAGCACAUUAAUGGAUGAA